AUGGAGGACUCUUCAGUGACUCGCGAAAGUGACGCGAAGAUAGCGUCGGAAUUCUUUCGCAAGGACCUGUCAACCUCCAGCGAAUCAGGCGACGAAUCAGAGGUUGGUGAGGAAGAUCCUCUCAUAUAUGAUCACGACCAAUGUUUCUCUGCGAUGGAAGGAAAGAAAGUCCCAGAGAACCUAGACUGUCUUUGGAGUCGUCGCGCAACUAUUCGCGGCAUACGUACCUCUCUCGAAUUUGCACAGAGCAGAUCAGUCGUCGAGCUGUGUGAUGAAAUCAAAUUUCCCGAAUUCUCCCGCGCCCGCAAUGCACGGCUAAUUAUGAGUAAUAUCAUACCCGAACUCAAAAGUCCUGCAGUUCAACCUUACUGUAUCUGGUAUCCGGAGUUUGCAAAUGAAAACACAUAUCGUGAACUUGUUCGCCGAUAUCCCUUGAUGCGCUAUCAGGUGGGUCGAGCAUGUGCUGGGGCGGGAUACACGGAUCUCUAUAAAGAGCUCAAUCUUCUUCCUGAUACUUCUAUCGCUGAAGAAGCUCGGGAGAGUAAACAUGGAGCAGAAAUCUAUCAAAUGAUCAUGUCAGCAUCCCAAAGAUAUGCUAUUAUGAACGAUUAUUCUCGCUCCAUCAAUCUGGACGCUAAAACGCCUGCAUACCUGAAUGGCGACAUGAAGCCUCGGUGGAUGCUAGAAAAACGCGUACCACCUCCACACAAUGUCCCAGACAUAAGCCCGGAUGACAUUGAUAUCGAAGAAGAUGGAUUCAUCGGCCUAGAGAAAACAGAGCCGGACACUACCCGCUUCGAUCUCGGCCCAGAGCAGGCCAAACUACUCUGGAUGCCUCUUCCACUCGAUCUCCCGAUUCUCGAAAAGGACAUUUUGACUCAGACAGCGGCAUAUGAUGGGAACGUGGAAAGAUAUGUUCGACUCAUGCACCCUCGAAGACUCAGAACAGAAUACGAGCUUUUCUCUAUUCUUCGUGGAAUCCAUCACAACACCAUGUUCGCUCGAUGGUGGGCAGAUCAGAUCGAAAUCCAGCCAAGGCGAAUAAUUUACCCCGGUAAAUCUUUGACUGAUGACAACGAAACCGAACUUUCCCUGAUUCGCACUGCCAUUAACGCACGACGUGUCAUGAUUAACGAUAUCUCCUGCCUCACAAAUGACUCACAAUAUCUCCCUUGGAUGAUCUGGUGGCCUUUGAAGCCUCAAGAAAACACCCUCCACGAUUUGUUCUCGAAAUGUCCAAACAUGGAGCCGCAGAUUGCUAUUACGUGUAUUAUUUGUGAUUACCAACCACUCUAUCAACGUAUCAGCCCUGCACCCCGGGAAAGCCUCCUUGAAGUUGCCCGGCGAAGUGCGAAUCCGUUUUACCUCCAAGAUUUGGAAAAACGUGCAGCAGAGCAAGGCGUGGAGUGGGAAUAUCUCGGACCGCUUGAGGCGACCGGAGUUAGUCUUGAGAACGAUCUCGAGCCAACAUCAAAUGCAGUUUGUAGUUUGAUUCACCGAACAGAAAUGAAUGAUUCCUAUGAGAAUGCCGGUAUCUAUGGGGGCGUGCAGCCGCGGCCAGGGCGAGUCGAGAGGUAUGUGUGGUUAUCGCCCGAGACGGCCCGCAAGAUCAAGGACGAAUCCGAUGGGAUUUUUAUUGGAGCUGACAUAAACAACUUGUACCUCGAAUGA